AUGCCUCCUAAAAAGACCACCAAAAAAACUGUAGCAGCGUCGAAAACGAAGGAAGCUGCCAAAGCCAUCCCCACUUCAGCUCAAACAAAUAAUACGACUACCGCUGGCGUAAAGAGGGGACGCGCAGAAUCAUUGGGCUCUCAACCCGCGUCCGAAUCCAAAAAGAAAAAGGCCGACCAUCCCCCCAUUGUGCACGAGAUAAGCGACUCCGAAGUUGAGGAAAUACCGCCCCCCAAAGAGUCUGUUAAGACGCGAGCCAUUGAUAAGGCAACCAAGAUAUACAUUCUCGUGUCGGUCUAA